GAAAGAGGUUUAUAAAGCCAGGGAGAGGUUGGUUAACGUUCAGAUCUACUGAAAGGUCCUGUGGGUGUCUCACUGUUUGCAAUCAUGAUCAAAUUGUUGAGCAUUGCUAUUCUUGCAGGAUUGCUUUUUGAAAGCCACCAGCAGGACCGCAGAGUGCCUGACAAAGUGGAACCAACUGAUGAAAAAUCUUUUCCAUGCAACAUCCGUCCUCUGAAGCCAGAAUGCUGGACAGACUGGUUUGACAGAGAUGAUCCCAGUGGAACUGGAGACUGGGAGAUCCUAUACAAUCUUCACAAGGAGAACCCAGGAAAGAUCUGCCCUAAACCAAUGGAUAUUGAGGCCCGAACUCUUUCUGGUCUCACUGUGGCUGCAGCAGGUGAUGUCAACACUCAGUUAGACCCAACUGUAGGAUUCAUCUGCAAAAACCAGGACCAACCCAAAAAGAUGUGUAAUGAUUACCGUGUUCGUUUCAGCUGCCAUCCCCCCUUCUGUGGUGGAGGAGGUAUGUUAUGCUGGACCAAGUGGUAUGACCGUGAUAAUCCCAGUGGAACAGGGGACUGGGAGACUUUGAGGGAUCUGAAGGAUAUGAACCCAGGACAAAUUUGCGACUACCCUCUGUACAUAGAGGCUGUUACCACUGAUACACUGACCCCAGCCAUUUCUACAGGGGAGAACUUCUAUGCCUACAACCCAACUACGGGAUUUGUUUGCCGCACAGAGGACCAGAAAUCUGGCGAUUGCCGUGACUACAAAGUUCGUUUUGGGUGCCCAUGCACAUAUUAA